GAUGAUCGGGAGAGAGAGAGAGAGGGAGAUCGCGAAAUUUGUACGAAAGUUUGCGUGCGAUCCUUGUUUCUGCCAACUUCUUACUACUGCAUGUGAGGAUCGAUUCGAUUUAACAUUCUACAGUCAACUGAUUCGAAAAUGCUGUUGAAUCCAGCAUCUGACAGAUAAUUCUACUCACGCGUCAAACAAAGAAAGAACCAUGACUUCAUUCGACCCAAAUCACUGGAAAUGCACACCGGAGUAUAUUCCUCCGAUUCACCCUGUCGCACGGAAUCCCAGGAACAAAUAUGAAGGUCGCACCAACACUUCCGUCAAAACUGUAAAAGUCUGCCAAGAUUUCUACGGGAUUCUGCAUCCUCAUGAGCUUACUGGCUACAAACAUCCCGGAGCUUCUGGUCAAUCGCCAGUCUUCGAUGAUCUGACUACCAACCAGUAUUACCAAUACAAAGUCCGUCAUGUGGGCGAGGAGACGGGAGUGAACGAUAAAAAGUUGUGUCCGUAUCACCCUGAUGCUACUCGCAACAGACCGAGAGCGGGCUUCUACAAUGAAGUUGGUCUCGCUGCUCUGGACCGUCGAAACGCAAGCUAUAUCAAGCUGAUAGAGGGUCCGAGGGGACAAAUGUUUACUCCAAAAACCACCAAUCAACUAUUUAUGACCCCUCCUGCCAAAGAUCCAGUCGGACUGUGGCAUCCAGGAAUUUGUAGAGCUCGAGCGAAGUGGGUGCACAGAAAGCAGCAAGGAAUGAGAUGAGAGACUGGUUUCUUUGGAACGGUUUUGGAAGUAGUAUAAUACGUCAAUUACGCAGUUCAGGCACUUACGUUCAUUCAGAUUCAUGAUUCAGCUAUUUAUUGUACAGUAGAGUUUACAGCGUCUUGUACAUUGUACUUUGAUAUUUGGAUCCCAGGUGUAGACUUUUGCAUUCCACGUUCACGAGUUGGAUCAGAGCACGCUGCUAUAUCUCAGCUGCAUUCUAACUGUCAAAGGUGCACACGCCAUUGACGUUGAUUAUAUCACUUCCAAAUUGCUGGCUCAUGUUUCGAGAGGUUUUAGUAGAAUGAUGGGGAUUGAGUGAACUGGAUACAACGAUAAUGGGAAUGAUUUUGCACACCAGGAAGAAAAUGUUUACUGGUUAUUUAAUAUCUUGGAUCUAAGGGACCAAAUAAACAAAUAUAUUCUUGCACCUGCAGG